AUGCGACGAGAUUUCGAUAUUUCAUCGAUUUUCCCUCUCAUUUUCAUUUCUUUCACGAUCAUUUUCUCAUCUUUUGCCCAUUGUGAUGAGAAUAUUGUUCGAAUCGAGGAAAGAUUGACGACAGAUCGAGAAUUCUAUGAGAAUUGGAUGCACCUGGUUGGGCUACAGGCCCAAGAACUCGAGGAGCAGUCCGACGAUUUCCCGAUCGAGAGCGACAAAAUCUACCUGAACUUGACGCAAUGUCGGCGAACGAGCGCCGAGUAUCCUGAUCAUGUUGAUUACAUUAGGCCCGAAGACGUCUCGAUUUACGCGGAGAUCGGCCACCUCACGCGCUAUUGUUCCCACAAUUUCUCUUUACUGCAAGCAGGGAUUCUCGACUCGUGCCAACACCGGGGUGCCGACGCUGAAUCGCCGACAAUAGAGAAAUUGUUGCGGCUUUUUGCUGACAAUCUCACUGUCAUCAAUGCGAAUCAGAGGGAUGAUCCGUUGAGGGAUCAAGCUAGGGCUAUCGGAGAAGCGGUGCAAAAAAUCGACGACUAUGACAAAAAGUGGAAGUUGAUCGUGGUGGUGCCGAGUAUACAGGAUGGUGAGGCCAGUGAAACUGGACAAACGGCUGUCGAAGUGUUGGCGAUGAUCGAGGAAAUGGAGAUCCAACUCCCACUCCGAACACUCAUCCUCAUUGUCGAGAAUUCGGGUAAAGAGAUCUGGGCGGACGCCUCGCAUUCGCACGCCGCAUGUCGUCAAAUGUUGUCCCGUUGGAAAGCGCAUUCGCAUUUUAACGCCGAAAAUGUUUGGGAUCAGGUGCGCAUCAUCGCAAAGAAAAACUUUCGCAAAGCGAACUUCUCCGUGGAAUUCCUGCCGCUUCUCAAAAACGCCUCGUUGAUACAUUUGCCGGACGCAAUGGACUUAUCGGUGCUCGGCUAUGAUUGUGCUCAUUUCUCGGAACGUGGCCUUUCACUUUUGCAUACGGGUAUUUGGAAUGAAAUGUGGGCAAAAACGAGUCAACGAAGUCGACAGUGGCGCCCAUUGCCGCAAAGGAUACUUUGCCCGGAUCCUCGUUGCCCGUUCAUUCGUACCGAAAUCAACAGCGAGAUUUGUAUUUGGAACGAGAUUGAGAGUUGGGUCUCUCCACUUCCGCCCGAGCUGAUCGCUUUGGCCGUGCUCGUGUUGGCCGUUUUGUUGACGAUUUGCCUUCUCGUUUGUUUGUGCAUGCAUAGAGCGCCACGGUUGCGGAAGAAACCACUUCACUCGUUCGGAUCAACAUUUAGCAGCAUUCGUUUCAUCGAUGAGGAUAUU